AUGAGUAGCGACUUAUCGAGCUCAUCAAUAACGUUUUCCCAGACAAAUUCAAACACAGGUUCAUCCGGAGCACGAACAGUUUUACGAUCAAAUUCAAUGCCACCUGUUAGUCCAAAACGGCUCGGAAUCAGUAAUGAAGGAGAAAAUAAGAAUUUACAUCGAUCAAAAUCUCGAAUACCACAGUCAAGAAGGAAACGAUCACUGCCACAUCGCGGAAAGAAAACCAACUUUAAUCAAACAGACGACGGAGAUGGAAUGGACCAAGGUGAUAAUAACAAGGAGAAUAAUAAUGAAUUCGAUCAAGCUCAACAGCAGGGUUUUGAUAGCGACAAUCAACUGAAUACAUCGGCCGCCAGUGACGAAACAAUCGCUGAUCAAAAUUCCAAAUCAAAUACGAAAAGUGAUCCAUUACAAAAACGGGCUGUCGAAUAUUUUACAUAUAAACCACAUUCAGGUCAUUAUACAUGUACAUUAUGUAAUGAAACAAGUGAAAUCUUCUAG